GUUGCAUUGCAGUCGAAUUCCUUCGGUCGCGGACGAGCCCACUGCGCCGCCGACGCCGCGUCGUCAUGUCCCGUCAACCUAUCGUCGUGGACCUUGUUAGCAGCAGCAGCAGCGAUGAGGAUGAUGUCUUUCCCUUGCGUGCACAGAGGUGUGACCAAGAUGGUGAUGAUAUCAAAGAACCCGCCUCCCCCGACCAACACUUCCAUCAACUCGAUGAGCCCAUGGAGAUUGAGGAAGAUGAACCGUUCGACCCAGUCUUAGAACAGCAAGACAAUGCAGCUUCUGCAGUCCAUGUCGCAAACGCUUUGGAGUCCGUUCUCGAGGACUUGGAGUCGGAUGAAGACGAGGAAUUUGCGACUCAGGCUGGCGGUGGUAGUUCCGAUCCUUCUCCCCAACAGUUCCCAGCUGGAGCAAUUGAUUUGUCACAGGAUGUCGACGACAGCAUUGAAGACAAUCAGCACUCCUCUUCCGACGGAGGGGGUGGUGCUCAGGAUGCCCAAUCCCAACCUACCGACGACGCCACAGUGUUCAUGUCGACAAUGGAUGCUGUUGUGAUGAAAAGCAAGUAUGAACAGGUAAUCACACCUCAAGUAGAAAGGUGCACCCAUCGCGAAGAGGGCGAGCUUUCAGACGACCCCAGUCAACUCGAGACGGACGAGUUAUGGCAGCAAAAGCAGUUGGAGGCAACGUAUCUGCGCGAGGCCCAAGUCGCUCAUCGCCAAGCGUCGCUGCGGCAACUGGUCAAAGCAUCUCCUUCGACUCAAAUCCCUCCCACGAUGUCCAAGAAGAAGCAGCGCAAGCUCAAGCGAAAGCUGCAGGAAGCAGCGUCCAUGGCGUCUGGUGGUGGCCUCUACAAUCCCAGUCUCCCUCCUUCAACCAUGACGAAUUUAGGGUAUCCACAUCAUGCUCUCCAAGAUCGCCUUGGCAUGGCGCCGCCGGCUCGUCGGGUGUUCCGCAUGAUGCCACCUCCUGAAAGCAGCAUCCUACGUGUCCAUCGCCGCGUAGUCUUGGAUGACCCGUGCCUUCCACCGUCAUCUCAGCCAUCCUUUCCGUCGACGAGUCCAAAGUGCGUUCCAUACGCACCCCACGGGGGGUUGUCCCGCCACCCGCGACCGCAUUCAGCACCGGCUUCCAUGCAUCUGCCCCCACCACCUCAUGCGCCGCCAAACUUCCACCACGUCCCUCGCGUUAGUCCUCCGCAGGAAGCCAUCCAUUUGCCGCUACCGCCACUCCCGCCUUCUGCACCUGCUGUGAUUACGCCACCCGUAGACAACGAGUCCACUAUCUCGUCCACUCCCCCUGACGUCGACCCGUCGGAAGACCUGUCGCUCCUUGAAAGUUUGCGCAAUGCAGUAAAACGCUCGCUAAAGAAACCCAAGGUGAUGUCGUCGCCAUCUGCCCCACAGGACAAUGGCGAAGGCAACAAGACUGUCGAGUCGGAACUGCUAACCGCGUCGCCGUCGUGUGCGUCCCCGUCCAGGAUACCCUCGGUGGCUGCUUCAACCCUGGAGCCUUCGAGAAGUCCGCCUCCGCCGCUGGCGCAGGCAGCGCAGCCUUUCCGGUCGUCCAAGAUGGUGCUUGGCCCAAAUACGUCGUCCAACAGCCUUCCGAACAACGCGUCGAGCUUGAAGCCACUGACAGCAUGCACACAGACUGUUGUGAUCCAGCUCUCGAUAGAAGACUGCAACGCGAUGCGCCGACGUAUGCAGCAAGUUCAGUCUCUGGAAAAAGAGAGCGAUCCGAUUGCAAACCUCAAGCAAAAGAUCGCAGCGAGGGAAGUUGAGCUGUUGAUGCGGAAGAAAAGUAGUACUGUCCUCACGCCUUCAAGCAAAUCAAACGAGGCGGCGACGACGCCACCGACCUCGAGCCCUCCACCUUCGACUGCUCAAGACAGUCCAUUGCCGUCGUCGGACGCGUCAACAACACCAGCUUCUCCGGCGGCAAAUGACGCCUCCGUCCCUCUUCCUCCUACCGCCACCAACGUCACCUCUGCCGUGGCCUCCACCAUGACGAUGGAUCCCGUCGCAGUCGCACAAUCCCAUAUCCACCGCCUCGAAAAACGCAUUGGCGAGCUCAAGCACCUCAUUUCACAAAAAGAGAUGCUGGUCGUGACCCGGACCGAGUAAGUUGCCGAAUGCUUUUCUAUGUUGGCAGAAUGAAACCAUCGUGCAUGAUGUCGGCCUUUGAUCGUCCCAAACACUGUACGUCCCGAUGUACAAGCACCUUAGUGUGGUCACUGGUUGCAAUUCGUGCCUUGGUCGGGGUACGUCUCGGUCGCACUGUCGUGCAUUUGAAUCGCAAACGCCACGAGGUCAUCGACGUCAUGUAGCAGCGUGAGCAAGUGGAGUUGAUCAAAGGCCAAGAACGGCUGGGGGUGGUCGCCAGCGCCAUGGCAGGUCCACAUGCCGUCGUCAUCCAACGACGUCCCGACACUCCACGCCAUCAUGAGCGCGUCGGAUGCGCAGUAUUUGAGUACUGUCGUCAUGAUCUUGUCGAGCCAGGGCUUGGCGGGCGUCUAGACGCUGGGUAAACACUGCGAUCACUUGAAAUUCAC